AUAAAUAUUUUGUGUGUAUUUCAACUUAGUAAAAUGUGUUAAGUUCAUUCCCGAGUGAUUCCUUUGAAAUAAGGUUUCUUGAAUGCGAUGCCUAAUUGUUUGUAUAAUUUUUUUGUGUUAGGUUUUUUAAACGACUUAUUUACGGAUUAAUUUUCUCUUUGUGCUUCAUUCGUGACACUUUUCCCAAAGUAUUUCGAUAUGCCGCCAAAGGCUAAGCCUAGUAAAAAAGCUGAAAUUAAGAAACAAGAAAAGAUUAUUGAAGAUAAAACUUUUGGUUUGAAAAAUAAAAAAGGUGCAAAGAAUCAGAAAUUCAUUCAACAAGUGCAGAACCAAGUUAAACAUGGAAAUCAAAAAGCUAGCAAGGCUGCUGAAUUAGCAAAGCCUGGUGAUAAGAAAAAAGAUGACAAGAAAAAGGAAAUUGACGAAUUGGCAUUGUUUCGACCAGUUACUGUGCAGAAAGUUGAAAAAGGUGCGGAUCCCAAAUCAGUCUUAUGUGCAUUUUAUAAACAAGGAACUUGUACGAAGGGGGACAAGUGUAAAUUUUCUCAUGAUCUUACUAUAGAAAGAAAAAGCGAGAAAAGAAAUGUGUAUGUGGAUAUGAGGGACCAGGAAGAGGAUGGAAUGGAAAAUUGGGAUGAAGCUAAGUUAAUGGAAGUUGUUGAAAAGAAACAUGGAGAAAGUGAUCGUAAAAUGCCCAAAACUGAUAUAAUUUGCAAGUAUUUCUUAGAUGCUUUAGAAAAUAACAAGUAUGGUUGGUUCUGGGAAUGUCCAAAUGGAGCUAACAAAUGCCAUUACAGGCAUGCCUUACCUCCAGGUUUUGUAUUAAAAAAAGACAAAAAGAAAGAAGAAAAAACUGAACAGAUUUCUAUAGAAGACUUAGUAGAAAGACAAAGAGCACAAUUAGGAAACAAUUUAACACGUAUUACUUAUGAAAGUUUUCAACUUUGGAAAAAGAAAAAGUUACAAGAAAAGCAAGAAAAAAAUAGGAAGGAAGAAGACAGAAAAAGAGCAGAAUUUAGAGCUGGCCGACAUGUUGGACUUAGUGGACGUGAUAUGUUUACGUUCAAUCCUGAGAUGGCUACAGAUGAUCAGACUGAAGAAGGUGAAGCAGCAUUUGAUGUGAUAUCUAGAGAACAGGAUGAAGAGACCGGCCCUUGCUUAGAUAUAUCAACAGAAUUUUUAACUGCUAAUGUCACUGAUGUUACUGGUGCUACAGUUGCAACGAAGAGACACUGGGAGGUUAAUCAAGAAGAACAAGCUGUUGGAGGAUCAGAAUCAGUAGAAGAACCAAAAGAUGCUGUCCCCAUUGAUGAAAAUUUGUUUGAUGAAGAUCUUGAUGAAUUGGAAGAUGAACUUGAAAAUCUAAGUGUUAGUGACUAGUAAUUAAUGAAAUCGCUUUAAUUUGUACAGAAUAAUAUAUAAAAUCUGCAGUAUAUAUAUUUCUCUCAAAACAGCUCGUUAUGAAGACAAAAGUAUUUAUUUUGCAUGGGAUGUAAAUCAAUUUGCAUGGUUUGAAAAGAAAAAGAAAUUGCUCAGACUACAAUAAUUUCAAUGUGCUUAUAUUUGUUUCACACAACUUCAAUAAACAUUUUUUUAAACUAUUUA